GAAACACACACCCCGCAGAAGCGUCCAUCAUGCAGAAACUCUUGAUCCGUGGUGGGAAAGUGGUGAACGCGGACUUCUCGCAAGUGGCCGACGUGUACAUCGAGGAUGGGGUCGUGCAGGCGGUGGGGCCGCAUCUCCAGCUUUCCUCCGACGGAGUCCAGGUGUUGGACGCCACGGACAAGCUAGUGCUUCCCGGAGGGAUCGACCCGCACACACACAUGGAAUUCGCCUUCAUGGGGACGCGGUCAAAAGACGACUUUUAUCAAGGAACGAAGGCAGCCCUUGCAGGAGGUACCACUAUGAUAAUGGACUUUGCAGUCCCUCAGAGAGGAUGUUCCCUCAUUGAAACCUAUAACAAGUGGAGAAGAGGGGCUGAUCCUAAAGUCUGCUGUGAUUAUGCGCUGCAUGUGGCCGUCACAUGGUGCAGUGAGCAGGUCAAAGAGGAAAUGAAAAUUCUUACCAGGGAAAAGGGUAUCAAUUCAUAUAAGGUGUUUAUGGCAUAUAAAGAUGCCUAUAUGGUUGGAGAUCCAGAAUUAUACACAAUCUUCAGUCAAUGCAAAAAAAUUGGUGCAAUUGCUCAAGUCCAUGCAGAGAAUGGGGAUUUGGUUGCAGAGGGUGAAAAGAAGAUUCUGGCUUUGGGAAUAACUGGUCCAGAGGGACAUGAAAUGGCUCGACCAGAAGAACUGGAAGCAGAAGCCACAUUGAGAGCAAUUACCAUUGCAAACUCAGUGAACUGCCCUCUCUAUAUUGUACACGUGAUGAGUAAGUCUUCAGCCAAGAUAGUGGCAGAUGCCCGCAGGCAAGGCAAAGUUGUGUAUGGUGAGCCUAUAGCUGCAAGCCUUGGUACAGAUGGCACUCACUAUUGGCAUAAGGACUGGCCUCAUGCAGCAGCUCACAUCAUGAGUCCUCCAUUGAGGCCUGAUGCUUCCACUCCAGACUUCCUCAUGAAUCUUCUAGCAAAUGGUGACUUGACUGUGACGGGGACAGAUAACUGUACAUUUGAUAUUUGCCAGAAGGCUAUUGGAAAAAAUAAUUUCACAAAGAUCCCAUUUGGAGUGAAUGGAGUGGAAGACAGGAUGUCUGUGGUCUGGGAAAAAGGAGUGCACAGUGGAAAAAUGGAUGAAAAUAGAUUUGUGGCAGUUACUAGCGCAAAUGCAGCUAAAAUCUUUAACCUAUACCCAAAGAAGGGAAGAAUAGCUGUGGGCUCUGAUGCUGACAUCGUCAUUUGGGACCCCAAAGCUACAAGGACCAUUUCAGCAAAGACACAUCACCAGGCCAAUGAUUUUAAUAUAUUUGAAGGAAUGGUCUGCCAUGGAGUCCCCCUUGUGACAAUUUUACGGGGCAAAGUGGCAUUUCAAAAUGGAACCUUUCAUAUCAAAGCAGGAGAGGGGAAAUACGUUCCCUGUGAACCUUUCCCAGAAUAUGUUUACAAGCGAAUCUGGCAACGGGAUCAGGAAUGUCAACCUGUUGCUGUGAAGCGAGCACCGUAUGUGGGAAAAGUGGAUCCAUUAUUCACUGCAUCAAAAUAACCUCACUAUAUAGUUAGUAUUCUUCAGGUCAGAACUGUUGCAGUUCUUGAUUUGUGUUGCCUGAAGAUUUCUGGAUGAUAUACCCAUGAUGAAACUGCACUGGCCAUUGGUGUUGUAAUCAUUGCUAUAUCUUGCAAAAUUACAGCAAGUUCCUCCCUCGGUUCACAUACCUUGACUUUCAGAGAAGUCACUGUUGUUUUUCCAGGACACGAUAACCUCAUUCUCAGGUCUUCUUUUAGUGCCUGAUUUAUAGCAAUUAGAACUAUCCAAUUAGAUGACAUGAUUGCUAGAAUAAAAUCUGGACAGGAUGAAUUAUUUGAUUUGAGCAACAUGCAGCACCUUAGCUGCUGUUUAAUAGUCUUUGACAUAAAUGUUUUCAGCUUUAAGGCAUGAAUUAAUCUUAGCAAUGAAAACAGUCAUGAUUAAACUGGGUAUAUGACUUGAUGCCUGUAUUUGAGAGCUAAGUGAUGGGCUCAUCUGAAGUGCUUUCCUUUCCUCAUCUCAAGUGUUUUCCUUUCCAUUUUGGAAAACCCCUAGUUAGAUCCUCUUACAGCACUCCCUUUAAGGAUGUGUCCAUCCAACACUUUUGCAGCAUUCCAGAAGCAGAUUUGGUUCUAUUUGUUCACAUGGCAUUGAGUCAUCAAUCGGAACCAUUCUUGUGUAUUUAAUAAGAUUUUUGCUUUUGCUCUGGUUUACUGAACUUGAAACAAAGCUGGAGUACACCCAGAUGAUUUUUUUCACAAUGCUUUUCAAUGAACUGUCUUACCUUGCAAUCUCAAGACAAAUGUAAAUGCUUUUACAUUUUUAAGAAAAUGCAAUGGCUCUGACUUGAGGAAUUUUCCACAGCAAACUACAUCUCUUUUUUCCUUACCUCAAAGAAAUAAAAGGAGGGGGAAUUC